GUUGGUGUGUCCCACAAAAGUCCCCUGUGUAUUUAUAGUGUUCUCAGACCCUACUAGUUUCAUCGAGUACAAGUACAAUAUCGAUGUGGUAAAUCAGCCUUGAAAGUUCGACAUACACGGCAACAUCACAAAGCACCAUGGUUUCUGUCGCAAUUAUUGGGGCCGGCCCAGCAGGACUUGUUGCCGCCAAAACACUCCUCAAGUCAUCUUCCAAAGAAUGCAUCUUCAAAGUCACAGUAUUUGAGCAGGGGACCAACGUCGGGGGUCUCUGGGCUGUGGAAUCAAGUCCAAAUGGAAUCAUCAAUCCGGAAAUGCAUACCAAUCUUUCGCAAUUCACCGUCUGUUUCUCUGAUCUUGCCUGGAAUUCUGUGGAAAUGCAGCCUCCUGCAAACAUAUAUCCUAAAGCGUGGCAAGUCCACCGAUACUUGAAGGAAUAUGCUAAGAGAUAUAUACCACCCGGAACGAUCGCUUUCCAAACCCACGUCAAAGUGAUCGAACAUAUUCAAACCUCCCCAGAGGAAGAGAAAAAGAAAUGGAAAAUCACAGCCAUCGCGCUCGACGGAGAAACUCCCAUCGAAAAGAUUGAGAUUUUCGACCAUCUAAUCAUUGCAUCUGGAUUUUUCUCGCAGAUCAGAAAAAUUCCAUUUCCAUGCAACAGCGUGAUCCAAAAACAAGAUGGCCAACCACCUAUCAUUCUCCACAGCUCGCAAUACCGUCAAAUAUCAGAUCUCUCACCCACACAUCCACAACCCCUACCAGGCAAAGUUCUCGUCAUCGGCGGCUCUCAUUCCGGCGCCGAAGUAGCGUCUCUAAUCGCCAUGCACAUAUCCGACGCCCAAUAUUCACCUUCUGGAACUGGGACUGCCCCGACAGAAAUCAUCCACGUGAUACCGCACCCUCUCGUCUCUAUCCCAUCAUUCGUCCGCAGCGGAAAUGAAAAAGUUCCUUCUUUUGUGCAAUUGGAUUCGCGUCUCUAUGAUAUCUCUUCGCGCCCGGAUGAUCCGAUUUCAUUUAGUUUUGGGCUUUCCAAUGCGGAGAAGAGGAAGAAAUUAAGACAGACACUGAAUAUGCUCAUGUCUGGAGCAGUAGAUGUAGAAAACGACGACGGGUCAAAAAAGAGCGAUGAAGUUGAUUUGGGGGCUCCGUAUGCGGUUGUAGGUGACAAGUAUGCGGAAUUCAUCAGGUCCGGUGCGAUCAAGCAAGUUCUUGGUCGUAUCACGCAGCUAGAACAACCACCAAACAAAAAUUUGAUGCUUGCAACCAUUGAAUCACAGUCCGAUGAAGUCAAAAUGGACGAUAUCGCAGCUGUCGUAUACGCGACGGGCUUUUCCACCUCUCCUGCGCUGGAUUUCCUAUCAGAUGAGAUUAAAAAAAGUUUAGGGUUUGAUGCAUCUUAUCCCCGUCUUCCUUUACUGCUGAGUCGAGACUGUAUGAGUAGCUCUAGAGAUUCUCCCAGUAGCUUAGCGCUUAUGGGAUUUUUCGACGGGUCAUAUUGGGGAGUCUUAGAGAGCCAAGCUCGUCUGAUAGCGAGGAAGUGGAGUGAGCAAAACAGCGGACUUUCUUCUCCUACUCAUGAUCAUAAUAAAACGGAAGAGGACAAUUCCCCAAAACUCCGCACCUUUAUGGAAGAAUUAAGGAUCAUGAUGGACAAAGAUCCUUCGUCUGUCCCCCAAAAUUUCUUUAGUGACUAUCCCGGCUUAAUGGAAGAAACCUCUCGUAAAUUAGGGCUCCAGAAAAUAAACGUAUCAUGGGGCGAAAGAGAAGGAAUGGUCAGCCCAGCUCGAUACGUCGAUGAACAGUGCAACAAAACAGAAGCCGAAAAAGCAAUUCAAAAACUCCAAAAGACACUCCAAGAUUCCCGGGAUGGAAAAGCCAUUUUCGCCAAAUCCACUUUCCGUGGACUACAAGGAAGCUGGAAGAACUCCAACGUAGAAACCGAAUUCAAUGAACUAUCCCCCAAGAGCACAUUCCAUCCUCGCUACCCCACAGACGCAACUUCAGAUCUCGAGUAUCUCCACAUCACAAACCACGAAGAAUCAAGCCAUCAAAUCCCCAGGUCAAUCUACCGACUCCGCGAAAAUGAAAACCAAAUCGAGGUUUGGAGUGUGGAUUCGAAAUGCGGAUUGGCAGCCGAUAAGAUUUGUUAUAUUCUCGAUUUUAAUAGCGGGCUUGUCUGGGAACAGACUGACUCAAAUCGAGUUACUGUUGUAGCCAAAGGGGCUCCUGGUGCUAAUUUGACACAUAAAACCAUAUACUCAUUCUGUUUUGCGGGAGUGGGGAUUGCAGACUAUAAGAUUGAGUACUUUGACGAGGAGGAUGUCAAGAUUGAUGGUUCUAGCUCUUAUUUCGUGCGAUGAAUUCUCUAGAAGGAGGGAUAAAAUGUUAAUGUAUACUGUCAAAGACUUGUAAUUACCUAGCACAUCAUAUAGAUCAUCAUAAAGUGUCCAUAUAAUCGCGAUGUUUUGGAGGCUCCCAGUCGGAAAGAUUGACAACAUCAUACAUGCGAGAACUUCGGCAACCCACCACGUACUCACCGUCCCCCGAGCCAACCUUGUAUCUUCUACCAAGCACACUCUUUCUCGCCCUCGUUCUGGCCCUCUCGCCAUUCCUUCAAAUAUCGAUUCUCA